CAAAUGUUUUGGCCGCCGCGAAGUGUUGAAUUUUUUUCGGAAAAAUCCGGAAAAUCCGUUGAAAUAUAUUGUUGCUGCGCGAGUACGUCCGAGGAAAAAUAAAUAAGUGCAAUAAAAGUUCGUUGGAUAACACAGAAUAGGAAGUUAAAAUUGUUUAGUAACUGCGUGAAAGACGCGACUUUGGCGCCGUCUUGUGUACGUAUCGUGUGCGUGUUUUAGCAUAUUUUUUAAAUAAACAUACAUUUUGUGAAAACAUCGACAAAUCCAACCAUGCAAUAGGCGCCGCUGCGCUCAAGUCUAUCAAACACAGAUUACGCGAAAAGGUGGUGCAAAAAGUUGCCUCGAGUGCUAAUUAAUAACCCAAAAAUAAUAACGAAAAUACCACAAAAUCCAUAACUUAAUAAGUUUAAUCAACACACACAAUCAACACACACAUCCACACCAAAAAUGGGCAAACUGCUGAGCCUGCUGUCACGCGAUGACUCCAAUUGUUGCGCGGCCAAAUCCUACGAUGUCUUCCUGGACUUUGAGAACGCCGCGCCCACGGAGACGGAGCGCGAGGUUUACGAUGAGGUGGAGCGUGUGCUCAAGGAGUCAGAGGUGGUGCUGGAGGAAAUACAGAUCUAUCGGGGUGCCGGCAAGGAAAUCCGCGAAGCCAUAGCCGAUCCGUCGCCCGAGGUGACGGGCAAAGCCUGGUGUGCCGUCCUACCGCUGGUGACCAAACUGAAACGCUGCUACGAACACUCCAUGGAGCUGGACAAGAUUGUGCCAAAGCUGCUGGGUCAACUGGUCGGCGGCAAGCUGAAUCCAACGCAGCACCUGGAGACACAGCAGGCGCUGGUCAAGCAGCUGGCCGAGAUUUUAGAAUUUGUAUUGAAAUUCGAUGAGUACAAGAUGAAAACACCCGCCAUACAGAAUGAUUUCAGCUACUACAGACGCAUCGUGAGCCGCCAGCGUGUGGACUCAACGGAGAACAUGAUGGUCAGCACGGAGCUGGCCAAUCGCAUGUCACUGUUCUAUGCCCAUGCCACGCCCAUGCUGAAGGUGCUCAGCGAGGCGACAUCGAAGUUUGUCAACGACAAUGCCGACGAUGUGCAAAAUACAACGGAAACGCUGGGCACCAUGGCCAAGGUGUGCCUCAGAAUGCUGGAGAAUCCAAAACUGCUGCAACAGAUCGAGCGGGAGGAUACGAAAAUGCUGGUGCUGCGUGUGAUGGUUGGCCUCGUCAUACUCUACGACCAUGUGCAUCCAGUUGGAGCUUUUGUGCGCGGCGCUCACGUGGAUGUAAAGGGCUGUGUGCGACUGCUGCAGGCACAGCCAGCCAUCAAGGCGGAGCCACUGCUCAAUGCCCUGCGCUACACGACGAAGCAUCUGAAUGAGGAGAAUACGCCGAAGAACAUACGCAAUAUGCUGGCUGCAUAAUAUCGGCGGGCAGCAGGGGGAUAGGCGAGCAGAAAGUUCAUUAACGUUAAUUUGUAUUUGUAUUUGAUUUAAAUGGUUUUAUUUAUGUAAUUAAUAGGCUUCUGUAUUAUUUGUAAAGAUUGUGUGUGUGUGCGUGUGUGUCUGUGCACCAGGAGGCAGCCUCUAGUUUUAUUUUGUAAUAAUUAAUGCAUUUCCAGCACGUGUAUUUCUGAGUUUCGUACUGCUUUAACGUGACGAAAACGGACUCGGACGUAAAAUAUCAGCAGCAACAACAACAACAAUAUUUAGUUAAUAAUCUAGCACUAGUGUUAAGCUAAUGAAGAACCCGCGAAAACCCUAUUAACCUAACGACAAAUUAGCGCAAAGUUUAAACCAAUUUAUGGUAUGAGAUAAAUCCUAAAUUUCACUACAAACAGCAUAGAAGAGAGAUUAUAAAUAUAAAAACGAAAAGGAAAAACUUUUAAAUCAAAUCUAGAGUAUUUUUUUGUACAUGAACGAGCGAGAGAUUAAAAGAGGACACUUCGAGUAGCGAGUGAGAGCCGACGAGAGAGUGUAGAACAAAGUGUAAAGAUACAAAUAUAAUUCAUAAAUUAAUUGUUUACAACAAUUGUAUUAUUGGUAAUAUUAUGAAUGCGAAUGCCUACCAAAACUGAACCACACAAGCAGAAAGCAGAUGCAUUUAUAUAUACAUACGAGUAUUUCCACGCCAUCAACUUUGAUAAACAAAUCUACAAACUGAAUUUCAUGGAUAGAGCGAACAAAAGCUGCGCAAUAAUAAUACUUUUUAAGAUUUACAAAAUAGACAUAAACAAAAUUAAUAAUGAAAAUGGCAAAACUUAACGCAUACAAUUUGUACCAAAAAAAAAAAA